AUGUCAUCAGCCCAGUCAAAGAUCCAAACCGAUUCCUGGGGCUCACCAGCAGCGACAUCAAUCCAAGGGCGUGUGAAUCCUGCAUCAGAUCACAUAAGAGAUGACUGGGACGAUGACCAAGAUGAGCUAGGAGAGGUGGAAGAUCCACAGAAGGUCUGGGAGGAAGCAAAUAAACGCGCCAGGAUGCCGGAGCUCGUCAUAGCGGGAUCCAGUACAAGUGGGCCUUCAGUCACGUCUCCGCCACCUGCGGCCUUUCAACCAGUCCUCCGCAUACUCAAACGACCCAUCGCGACUCCAUCCCCUUCAUCUCCUCCGUCCUCAGUUUCCGCUUCGAGCAGCCCCUCGUCAAACGCUCCCUCGGGUACCUACGCGGAGCGCGAAGCACGUUAUCAGGCCGCGCGCGAUCGCAUCUUCGGGGACAGCAGUCCGUCCUCAGAUACGCCGGGCGAAUCAGGCUUGCAACCGCCUCAGGCCCUCAAGAAGAGCCCACCACCUGUUGAGAUCACUCGAGAACCCAAAGGUCUACCGAUUACACAGGCAGGAGCGGAUGGGAGAGGGCAGGGUGGUGAUAUCAGAGGGUUCGGCAGCAGGCGAGGGAAACGGAAAGGAGCUGGACAACCCUAG